GGGUAGUGGAGUGAGGGUAAACAAACGAAGGGGGGGAUCCGCCAAGCGAGAGAUCGUUAAAACCUGCCUUUAAAGGGAGAGACAGCAAUAGAAUAAAAGACGCAGAGAGAGGAUAGUUGCAAAGAGAGAAAAAGAUGGCAAGAGAGGAAGGUGAGAAACCGGGAGAGUAAGAAAAGGAGAAUGGAUAUACAGCAAUCGAGGAAAGAGAAAGGCAGAUCAACAAGAGAGAAAUCGCAACAGAGAGGAACUGUGAUAACUGGAAGUCGGUGAAGUAGCGCCCGAUAAACAUUUUUAAAAAUCUGAUUGAUCUUUGAAUUAAAAACAUAUUUUCAACUGAAAAUCAGAAGCACAAAAAGCAAAUUUAUAGUUUUUGCUUUGGAGACUUUGACGUUUGUGAAGCUGGGACUCUGCCAGCGAGAUGGAGAAAUAUGAGAAGCUGGGUAAAAUCGGGGAAGGCUCCUAUGGGGUAGUGUUCAGGUGCAGGAACAAGGACACAGGUCAGAUUGUGGCCAUCAAGAAGUUUGUGGAGUCGGAAGACGAUCCUUUGAUAAGGAAGAUUGCUUUGAGAGAGAUCCGAAUGCUAAAGCAACUCAAGCACGUGAACCUGGUUAACUUGUUGGAGGUAUUCAGGCGGAAGCGCAAACUACAUCUGGUCUUCGAGUAUUGUGACCACACUGUACUGAAUGAGUUGGACAAGUACCCCAGGGGAGUUGCAGAAGAUCAAGUGAAGAGCAUCAUAAGGCAAACACUGCAGGCUGUCAACUUCUGUCAUAAGCACAAUUGCAUCCACAGAGACGUGAAACCAGAGAAUAUACUCAUCACCAAGCAUGGAGUCAUCAAACUCUGCGAUUUUGGCUUUGCAAGAAUCUUGACUGGUCCAGGGGAUGACUACACUGAUUAUGUGGCAACUCGCUGGUACCGUGCCCCAGAACUUCUGGUUGGAGAUACGCAAUAUGGACCCCCAGUGGAUGUCUGGGCAAUAGGCUGUGUUUUUGCUGAGCUCACCUCGGGCAAUCCUCUAUGGCCUGGACGGUCUGAUGUUGAUCAGCUCUAUCUAAUCAGGAGGACACUGGGGGAUCUCAUCCCUCGGCACCAAAAGGUGUUUAGUUCCAACCAGUUCUUCAGUGGAGUCAGUAUUCCAGUUCCUGACAUCAUGGAACCGUUGGAGGUGAAGUUUCCACACAUAUCUGCUCAGGCCCUUCACUUAAUGAAGGGCUGUCUGAUGAUGGAUCCCUCAGAGAGGCUAACAUGUGAGCAGUUGCUGCAGCACCCACACUUUGAAAGCUGCCGGGAGGAGAUGGAGAGCAACAAAGAUGCUGAGAAGCUCAAUAGGAAGCAUGACAAGAUGCCACGCAGGCGUCCACCUGGGCUCCAGUACCUGCCUCAACUAACGAGCAGCAACAUCUCACCAGCACCUGAGCCCAAGAAGUAUCACCGGCACAAGAAUGACCAUCACUUGCCCAACAUCUGACUAUAUGGCAGCAAAAGCCAGCGAACCCAGCCAAACACCCAUCUGCACUUCCACAACUUCCCCAAUAAGUGGAACCCCUGACGGAACACUUCCAACCCCACACUGCAUUUACAGGGACCUGGCUAUUCAAUAAAUACGGGUUUAAGAAGGGGUUUUGGGCUGGACAGGGACUUGUGUACCUGUGUUCUUAAUUUGGGACCAUAUUUGUGCAAGGGGUCCAGCCCCCACAUGAAUGCCAGUUCUAUCAAGUAAUGCGACAGGCCCAUGCUGAUAUGGCAAUGUUUGGUGGAGAUGGUCCAGUAAAUAAUAAUACCCAUCAGCCAGGUUCUCUUAAAUAUAUGAAAAUACCUGAGAUAUGCAGUCAUUUGUACAUUAUGCUGGUUUGCAAAUUAUUUUUAUUGGCCAGUAAAUUCACAGUGGCAGUUUUCUACUUCAGAAACGCAUGCCACCUACUGGCCAGAACCUACUAUUGCAGUGACUGUUCCCACAGCAAAAUUGAACAAGAAAUAUUGACAUAGUAAUUCACAUUGGGAAAUGUUGGCUGAAAAUUGUGACCAAAAAUCAUAACAGAAGGAAGUAAGCUUUUUUGGACAACAAGUGCCUUACAUUCUUACAUCCUCUGUAUGAUUUUAAGACAACCAAAACAAUAGUUGUCUCCAGAAUAAUGUCUGAAAAUGUGUUGCUGGGAAAGCGCAGCAGGUCAGGCAGCAUCCAAGGAACAGGAGAUUUGACGUUUCGGGCACACAUUUUCAGCUCUGAUCUCCAGCAUCUGCAGACCUCACUUUUUCCUCCAGAAUAAUGUCAUUAAUGUAUGCACAUGACCUGUGAGUACAUGCCAUGGGAGGGGUCACCUUUCUCUCUCGUCAGAAGCCUGAGCAUCUAUUCAACUUCCAGAAUAUCCCAGGUUCAUUCUGUCUCUGCUGGGUUUGCAUGGAUGACAGAUGUGGUUUCAACUACUUCAUUGCAGGAUUUGAACUGAAACCUAUUUCUCCAACCAGAAUUUAAAUCUGGAUAAUAUCCUAUUACAUGGCUAUUUUUUUCUACAAGUGACAGCUAUAAUGAUUUGAAAUGUACAGUAGUUAUUCAUUCUGUUCACACACAUCAUUUUUGUCCAAUAUUAGACAUUGUGUCUCAUUUAAACACUGAAGAGAUCAAUGAGAUGAAACUAACCUAAUUUCCUAAAUGGGGACCUCAAGUGGUUAGGAAUUAAUGCAAAAUCCUUAGCAGCUGGAGAAGUGAUAUUGAUGUGUGGGACAGGGAAAGAUGUUGAUGGCAAAUCAUUGAUCUAUGGGACAGCAAAUAGGGAUUACAUUUCCCUUGCAACUGCUGGCUUUCAAGCACAGUGCUUUGAAGAAGCAUAUUUUCUUACUGAGUCUGUUUGUUUAUAUGGAAGCAGAGUGCAGCUUCAUUUGGCAACUGGCACAAUUCCAUAGGCCUGCUGCCAAGCAACAGACCAAUAAAACAAUAAAGAGGCAGUUAGAUCUAAAUGGUUACAAAACAGGACAAGGUUGGGUUAAGACCCUUCAAUCUUGACUUCCCCAUUAAAUAAGAACCUAAACCUAAACUCAUCUCCACCAUCAUUCAACUGUUGAGUGAUUCCUGGGCCACUGAUCCAACAAGGACAAAGAAAACUGUGGGAUAGAUUAGACAUUAAAUGAAUGUCAUUGGUUCUACUGGCUUAGAUUAUUUGUUGUGUUCAAAAUGACCGAGGGUUAGUCAUUGUAGCUCCUGGUUUAUUUAAUAAUGUAUUCCACUGAGAUUGGAAUUAUGCAUAUAAAAGAAACAGCCUUUGUCCAGGGCAACGUUCCACACUUCAUUCCUGUUAGUGAGUGGGAAGAUGGACCUUCACUCCCCAUCUAGUACAACUGUUUGAUUUGCUAGCCACAACUGUGAGAUCAUGCUGUGUAUAAAUGUACGCCAUGUUUCCUAUAUCAUGAUAGAGACUACAUUUUAAAAGUACUGAUUUGAUUGUUAAGCACUUUAGGGCAUUGAGGUUUUGAAAAGGAAUGUAUAAAUACAGUUUAUAAAACACUUUAUCUUACAA